AUGAUCAUCCCGAUUGCAAAGCGUUGUGGUCGAAGGUGGGAAGUUAUGUACGAUCCCCAAGAUGUUUGAUAUGUUUGAAGAAUGAAUCGAGGAUGUAUUUAGAUCGUAGUGUAUAGCUCAGUUGAGGUUUUUAUUUUUACACAGAUUUGGGAUGGUUAAGAAAGUGUGUCGCCUCUGUGCUAAAGAAAAGAAAAAAGGCAUUGACAUAUAUCAAGAAGAAGGGUUGGAACUUAACCUAUCAUCAAAAAUAAUACGAUGUUUGCAGAUUAGGGUUUACCCUGAAGAUCCACUGCCAAAAAUGGUUUGCAUUGCCUGCUGCUCCAAACUAAACCAGACAUCCCAAUUUUUUGACACGAGUUUAAAAGCUCAAACAGUGUUGCAGAUGACAGCUAGAAUCCAGAAAGGAUCAAGUGUUGAUGACUUUUCACAGUCUCAGGGUCCGCAAGACACCAGAGAUUUUGCUGAAUGUAGUCUUUUGGAAAAUCCAAACCAGCAUGAAUUCAUUGCACCAUGUCCAUGCUUUGAGAAACAAGAGGAGAGGGAGGAGGCUUUGAGACCAGAAAGAGGAAGGAGAAGCCAUGAUGUGGUAAAGCACAAGUUAUGUGAUAAAGUACUUAAGGAGACCAAGGGACAUGAAAUGCAGAUUCCAGAUUCUGCGGGCACCAAAGAGGGACCAGACAGAGGCAGUAGGCACAGAGAGACUUUACAGCAGCGUGUGCGUCUGGAGGGUUGUUACACAUGGCAGUGUACAGACUGCCCUACUGUAUUGGCAACACUGCAGGAGUUGAAGGAGCAUCAUCGUCUGGCUCAUGACCAAACUGUACGCUUUCAAUGCAUUCAAUGUGCAAAGGUGUAUGUGGUGUAUAAGAAGUUUACACGACACGUGAGAGUGCAUCGAAACAGUGGAAAGCACAGGUGCAAAGACUGUGGGAAGUCAUUCUCAUCAAAGCAAACACUGGAGAAUCACAUGGUACUUCACUCUGACAUCCGACCUCAUACUUGUUUGGAAUGUGGGAAGACAUUUCGUCAGAUUGGUUCCCUGUACAGUCAUCGUCAAGUUCAUCAGGCGGACCAAAAUGGAUUCCCUUGCUCCGAAUGUGGAAAACUAUUGUUGUCACGUCAGUCACUGGAGGUCCAUAGAAAGUCUCAUUCUGGUGUACGUGACUACACCUGUGAAGUAUGUGGGAAAAGCUUUGCAGUUAAACAAGGAUUAACAUAUCACAUGAUGUCACACUCAGGCGAGCGUCCUCACUGUUGUCAAUUCUGUGGCAAGAGGUGCAAGACAGUUUACCUGCUGAACAAGCAUGUGGCAACACACUCGAACGUGAAGGUACACCAGUGUGAUGUAUGUGGAAAACAGUUCCGGGAGAGCAGCACGCUAAAACUGCAUACACGCAUCCAUACUGGGGCUAUGCCAUAUCAGUGUGAAUUCUGUGGACGUCACUUUCGCUUCCAGGGUGUCUAUGUAAUACACAGACGACAACAUACAGGGGAACGUCCUUACAAUUGCAGUGAUUGCAAGAGGGAUUUCACGAACUGGGCGAACUAUAAUAAGCAUAUCAAAUGCCGCCACCAAGGGAACUCUAGAGCCACAUUAGCAGCUGAUAAAGCGCAACUUCCUGCAACUUAUUACAACAGUUCUUCAAAUAAAAAGCAAAAUAUUCAUAACAGUAAAGAAGCAGAUACCAGUGCAACUUCCAUUUCCUGUACUCUGUCAUUUCCUACAGAUUACAGCAAAAAGAAUGCAAUCAGACCUUAUUUCUUGGACCAAAACAGAGCAGGAUGUGAGGUAACAUUUGAUGAGUCAAAAUCUGCCACAAGAAUAGACAAGAUGAUUGAUUCCCUAUGUCCCCUGGAAGAAAGCCCAAAACUUGGUGUGUCUGCUGCAGUGGUGGGAAACCAAUACACUGCUUCACACUCAUAUUCACAUGUUUCAGGUGUUACACCCUGCCUUUCUGGCUACUUGUUCUCAUCAAAUACAAAUAAUGAGUAUACAAAUGAAAGUGGGCUCUCUGGCUAAUGUGUGAAGUUCUUAUUACAUAUGUUAUGAACAUUUCAGGUAUCUCUUGGCCAAGUUAUUUCUAGUCACUGCUUAAACUUGCAAUGAAUUCAUGAUUAACUUUUAUCAUCUGGGAAUAAGGACUUAAAAGGUCUCUCAUUAUUACAGAGUUGGCACCAGUAUGUAACUUGGUAGUGAUGUUUUGUCUGCUGGGCAUGGCAAUUUUAAAUCUCGCAGUUUUACAGGUUUGGUUGCCAUAUUUUAAUUUGGAGGUAAUGAUAGGAAUACUGAAAAAAAAAAUGAUGUCAUUAUCCAGCUGGAUCAUGCAUAUGCAAUGUUAUAAUAAUGCAAUGAGUGGCAGGUAAAAGUAAAGUUAAUUUUUAGGCUGGUUUCCAAAAAAGAAUUGUCACUGAGGUACUGCUGAUUCCAGAGGUGUAUACUGUAAUUGGGUUACAUAGUAUAGGCAAUGAAGAAUUUCUGAUUGAACCGGUUGAAGGUGAUGAUCAUCUCUGUGAUCAGAAGAAUAAAUUUUAUUGUGACAAGUAAAGGAGAAAAUGAGGCAUUUGAAUUGCCUGGGUAAACAUCAUGCUUCCUGUAGUUGAGAUAUGUGACUUAUUCCAGAUGUGACGAAUUUAAAUAUAUUUAAGUAUUAUAAAAUGCAUUAUGUAAUAAAAGUGCUCAAACUGUUAUUUAUUUGUAACACGAUGUGUGAUGGUAGCUAUUCUACUUUAUAAUAA